UUCUUUCUUUCCUUCCCUCCUUCUUUACUUAAUUUAUCCAUUCAUCUACGUAAUCAAGCUGACCCCAUUUAUACAUUACGAAUUGCAGUUUUUUUUCUUUCACUGUUUGACUUCAAUCUUUAUUUUGUUUUAUUGAGUUGCUCUUGCAAUGACUUUGAGACGUCAACAGAAUUUUGCAAGGCUUUCCAUCCAACCUGAUGGCCUUCCUGUUUAAUGCAGCACAUUGAAAGCAAUUGGUAAUGGUCUUAGGGAGUUCAAGUAGUUGUCAUAUUUGUCCCUUUACUUUUCUUUGAUUGAUUAUGUCAUCUUCUUUUUCUUUUUCACAUGUCCUUAGAAACAGGUACAAUUUCCAUUGCCUGAUGUAAUUGCUUUUUUUUGUGCCAGAUCUUGCUCUCCAGGGUCCCAGAGUCAUCUUCAAUGAGUGCAUGACGAUCGAUGGAAUGUUUCGUUUACUUGGAUCGUCAACGAGAAAGUUCACAUCACAACUGGAUUCCGUUGAAGGUGGGCGAUAUUCGACAACAUUUCAAGUCGAAAACUUAAAAUGGAUUUCUAUGACAGGAACCGUUUUAGCGACUAUAUUGACUACAGAAUGCACCGCCGCCAUCGUGGAGCAUUGGUUCGGGACAUUUUGAAUCAAGUGGAGUUCAAUCGAGGUCCUUUGGGUCUUGGCAGACAACCCAUUCAGUCUGUGGGGACCAUGUGUGAAUCAUUGGAGAGGUUAAAUGGUUUUGGGGCUGAUUCUGCCAACCCAAAUGACGUCACGUACAGGGCGCUGCCGGAUGUGGGAGAACCAACGUUUCGUGCUAUGCCUCCAUAUCCAUUGACCUCGAAGCGUUACCCAUUUUGUGCCACUAUGGACAAAUUGGCUUCAGACAUCCAACAAAAUCGGGAGCAAUACUCUCCUGAACCAACUCGGUUCUCUACUCCACCGCCAGAGGUAGCUCGAGUUCAUGGAACCACUUUAAUGACUGGGUUCCAGGACGACCAUUGCUUGCCCGAUUAUUACUUCAUGGGGAGGGCCCGCGACUCCCCACCGUGUUAUACCAAACCCUUGGAUGAAAUUGUGACCCCAUUGUUUUACACCCGACCACAGCAACCGUUUGCCGCCAGAUUACACUCUCCGGAGAUUGAGAUGGGUCCAGAGUUGAUAGCACAAAAGAGGAAUGAGGACUUCCCGUUCAGGCGGUAUCGGGCCAGCUUCACUCCUUAUGCUCCGUACCGGAACGUACAUACCCCGGUGUCAAAACGGUUGAACCCAGAGUGGAUGACCUACAAGCCAUAUGAGUACCGUUGGCAUCAGUUCCGAUAUGUCUAUGAACCAGAGCCUUUCAGUACAAUCAAGGAUAUGGAGAUGUUCCGCAUAACCAGGCCGAGGGAAUUUGACCUUUUGUUCAAGAAAAUGGAUAGCCGGAAAUGGGAUAAGACUCCGGCGUUUGAUGCUUUGCGCAAAGACUGGGAGGAAAUGCUGAAACGUAAGAGAGAGCGUCAGAACCAAAAAGUUCAUGUGGAUGACGAACCCUACAUCCACCCCAAACGGGAUUUGACGUCAAUUAGGCCAACAACUCAAGAGCCAAAGCCUCGGUUCCCAAGGAGUGAAUCCUCAGUGUCAGCAAUGAAGUCUAAUCUGUCUACAAAACAUCCUGUGACACCACCUCCAAGCCCAGAACUUACGCAGAAAGACACAAAGCCUCCGUCCGUUUCAGAAGAGGCUCUUAUUCCUGAUCCCAUUCCCGAACCUGUUGCUAAGGCUGAACCAGAAGGGGAAAAGAUUAUUCCCGAGGAGCCCAUAGAUAAGAAGAAGCGAAAGAAGUUGAUUAUGUCCACUGGCAUGGAGACUCAAGAGGUCGUUGGCAAACCAACGCCAGGAAUGAAUGCCUCUCAAAUCAUUGGUGAGGAAAUGCCAAUAGGCCAAGGAAACGACUCAACUUUGACUGAUUCUGCCCACGCCAUCCCUAAUUCCAAAAGCCACACAACAAUGCAUCAAAAACCUGAGCUGCAACAGCCUGAGCCUGAAGCUGAAUUAGCAGAACCUGAGCCACAACAGCCUGAGCCUGAAGCUGAAUUAGCAGAACCUGAGCCAGAAACUAUAUUAGCUGAACCUGAGCCACAACAGCCUGAGCCUGAAGCUGAAUUAGCAGAACCUGAGCCAGAAGCUAUAUUAGCAGAACCUGAGCCACAGCAGUCUGAGCCUGAAGCUAAAUUGACAGAACCUGAGCCACAACAGUCUGAGCCAGAAACUAAAUCAGGAGAACAUGAGCCACAACAGCCUGAGCCUGAAGCUAUAUUGGCAGAACCAGAACCACAACAGCCAGAGCGUAAAGAUGAAUUAGAAGAAUCAGAGUCAACUAUUGCAACUUGCACCAAACCAGAGACCCAGGUUGAGGCGUCCAACAACCCAUUACCAGCAAUACAACCAGAGUCUUCCAUUGGUCCAGAGCAAUGCGUGACGGAGGCAAUCCCGCAACUUGACACACCAAGCCUCAUUCUUGAAUCGGGCCCAGACCAAGAGGCCUCAAGCAGUAGCGAAAAAAACUCAAAAGAGACCAAAUCUCUUCUGAACCUUGAGCUUGGAAUAAACUCAGGGGACUCUGGAAGAAAUUCAAUUGAACCCAUUGCUAAAAUUGAACAAGAGGUACAAGGUGAAGAAAACACCGAGUCUCAGACAGGCAAAGUAACACCCUCUCCUCAAGAUGAUAGCGCUCCCCAUGAUUCUCUAGUUAAGCACCAAAGCCUAGAGGUAUCCCAAGAGAAGCUUCACGUACAAUCUGAGAAAGAAAGUAAUCUCGAGUUCUCACAAACAACGGAUCCCAAAUCCACGGAACAAACCGUCAAUCCCGCAGCCGAAUCCCCAAGGUCUGACCAAGCACCUUCUACCAUGGUGGAGGCGGAUCCAAAACCGGACUUGGACAGCGUCCAGGAGAGAAACGACAACAGUGUCAGCAUUGAAACCACAGAGAGCACUCCAAGUCUUGAAACUAUGCCAACAGGCAUGAAAAGCAAUGGCAAGCCGGAUGAAGUCCUGAUUCAAGAUGAGCCUGCUGUUGUCGAACCAGUCCAGGCAACUGUGGAGGUCAAACCAACAAGUCAAACUUUGAUUGAAGAACGGGAUUUGGGCGAGAACGAAAGCAUUCAAACUGAGUAUGAGAUCCAAGAAGUUGAGAUCACGCCUUGAGUUAGGGUUUGCUCACGUUUUGUAAUAAAUACAUCUUGUA